ACAUUUUUGAAAAAACCUUAGCCUCUCUCCACUAUGCCAGCGUCGGGCAACCUGUUCCCAAGUUCACUGGCCACACCGUCGCCGGCGACUACUGCCGGCGUCGUACCGCAUCGUUGCCGAAUUUCGCUGCUCGCGCCGCGCCGUUCGUCCGUCGCUGUUUGGUUGGAUCACCACCGCGUCGCUUCACUUCCUUCACGGCCACCGUCAUCCGCUCUGUUCAGGUCGAGCACCACCGCACUGCUUCACUCAACCACCACAUUUGUUCCGUUCGGUUCAAGGCCACCUUGCUCUGUUUGUCUUCGUUCGCGACCACCGUGCCCUAUUCUCUCCGUGGAGCAGCGCCUCUGGCACGAUCCCCUAUAUCAGGCGCGAUUCAAGUGUCCCUCUAUUCGCUACUUUUCCAAGGACAGCCGCCGACGCUCCGAACAAGGGAUCAGUUGCUUUGGCAGAAGCCAAAGCUACCAGCAAUGGGAUUCGCUCACAUCGAAAUUCUCGGCCGCCGCCAAUAUUCCGUUUCUGUUACUGCAAAUGCCGCAAAUCAUACUCAAUGCUCGAAACCUUUUAUCCGGAAACAAAACCGCUCUCUCUGCUAUCCCCUGGCUGGGAAUGUUAACUAGUCUGCUUGGGAAUCUGUCUCUACUUUCAUACUUUGCCAAGAAAAGAGAAAAGGAGGCGAUUGUAGUUCAGACAUUGGGUGUGGUUUCAACAUAUGUUGUCCUUGUUCAGCUGGCACUGGCUGAAACCAUGCCUUUGCCUUACUUUUUGGCUACUUCAGUUGUUGUGAUGUCUGGUCUUGUUCUGAAUUUCUUGAACUACUUUGGUUUACUAAACGAUGGACUCUGGCGCUUUUGGGAAGAUUUCAUUACAAUUGGGGGCCUUUCAGUGCUUCCCCAAAUAAUGUGGUCUACAUUUGUUCCCUAUUUACCUAACAGCAUCUUACCUGGGGCAGCUGCCUUUGUGAUUGCUAUCUUGGCUGUUACAUUGGCCAGAACUGGAAAACUUUCCGAGAAAGGUGUUAAAUUCGUUGGAGGAAUAUCUGGAUGGACAGCUACACUACUCUUCAUGUGGAUGCCAGUUUCUCAAUUGUGGACAAAUUAUCUCAAUCCCGAGAACAUCAAAGGCUUGUCAGCUUUUUCGAUGUUGCUUGCCAUGCUUGGAAAUGGGCUUAUGCUUCCACGUGCUCUCUUGAUUCGUGAUUUUAUGUGGUUCACUGGUUCAGCGUGGGCUACCCUUUUUUAUGGAUAUGGGAAUAUUGCAUGCCUAUAUUUUUUAAAAAUUAUUAGCAAGGAAUUCUUCUUAGCAGCAACGGCUGGUCUGGUUUCGUGGAUAGGAACGACGUUCUGGAUAGAUAGAUUAGUUCAUGGUGGCUUCCAUACGUGAUUUGAUUUGUGGAUCUUGAAGUUGUAGCCGGCUAUGAUACACUGAAGCUUUUCGUCUCGUCACUGCAACUAAUAUGUAACUAAUAUGUAACAGUGCUAGAGUAGAAAGAAUUUAUAGGGAACUGUUGUAUUAAUAAGAGAACAAGGUCUGAAAUGACAAUAAAAAAUACUGUGACAGCAACAAAAGAAACAGCAUGAUAUUGUAAAAACAGAGCACUGAAAUAAUGGCUGCAAUGGUCAUCAUAAUCAUUGGAACGUCUCACAACAAAAGAAACAGAGCAAUGAUAUUGUAAAAACAGAGCACUGAAAUAAUGGCUGCAAUGGUCAUCAUAAUCAUUGGAAUGUCAUUUGGGGAGAGAGUCAUUCCCGAAAAGGAAUUUCCAGAAAGAAGGGUUAGGUCAAGAAAAGGGGAUAGAGAGAAUGUUAGGGAAAAGGAGUGCAGAGAGGAGAAUCGUACCACACAAUUCUUCAACACGUGUUACAAUACUCCCCUCAAACUUUAACAACAAUUUUGUCCUCAGAGUUGAAAUUUGGGUAGGAUUGUUAUAUGUCUUCUAAAUCUUCCAUAAGUUGUCAGCUGCAUUUGAAGGAAUCUAAUUGCAUCAGCUCAACUUUCUUCCCAUUUCUGACAAUUGUUUGUGAGUCUAAGGAGUUCAUCGGUUCUACUAGAGGUCUAAAUUCACUUGUAGUAAGGGGCAACAGU